CUCAGCAGCAGCAACGACAAGCAAAGGCAAAUUGGUAUGUACUAGCCCGUGACGUCACCAUGCCGUCGAUCGACAAGGCCACCGACAACGGCGAGCUGAAGCAGAGGCAGCCGGAGCAGGAGCUGGUCUGCGUCACGGGGGCCGGAGGCUUCAUCGGCUCCUGGGUCGUCAAGGAGCUCCUCCUCCGUGGCUACCGCGCCAGGGGAACCACCAGGGACCCCGCUGACCGCAAGAACGCUCACCUGCUGGCGCUGGAGGGGGCCGAGGAACUAACGCGCGCGGCCGCUACCUUUGCAUCGGUGCCGUGCUACACCGCGCGCACUUCCUCCAACUCCUCGGCGACCUCUUCCCGCAGUACCACAUAACCGCCAAGUGCGAAGAUGACGGCAAGCCCACGGCGAAGCCGUACAAGUUCUCAAACCUGAGGUUGAGGGAGCUGGGGUUGGAGUUCACUCCGCUGAGGCAAAGCUUGUACGAGACCGUGACGUGCUUGCAGAAAAAGGGCCAUCUGCCUCUCCCCGUUGUUCCCAUAGUACAGAAGCGCGCGUACUUGUAACAGGGCAGGACAGGGGACAAGCCUAUCUGAUACAACAAGAGCAAAGCUGUAGCAAGAAAAGAAAAUACUGUCAGGAUUUUGGAACUUCAGCAUAAAAUUAAUUGUGUAUUUCUACAAAGUAAAGUGUGGCAUGUAAAUAAAACUAAGACCACGACAAGUAUUUUGGAAUGGAGGGGUCAUUAUUUAUU